CAGAAAGGGUCUGCUGUCCACGUCAGCCGCGCAUGUUCCACUUUUCCAGAAGAGAUUGCUGCUACAUUAAGAGUCAGAGUCAGUUGGUGUACUGUAAUGUUAGAAGUAUGAAGCGUAACUUCGGUGGAUCUACGCCUACCUCCGAAUGCACAAAAGUGUCGAAUAAACGUCAAAAGAAUCAGAAUACAAGAAUGGGUCAGUCAGAGAGCGGAUACGUUGCUUCGAAAGACUUUGAAACCAGAUCAGACGCAUGUUCAGGUCAGCAGUCAGCUGUUCCUCUGGCUGUGGUUGAGGAGAUCUUACUGAACCUGCCUGCACAUCAGGUGGUCCAAGUCUGUCGGUUGGUGUGUCAUGAGUGGAAGGAGCUGGUGGACAGUGCUGCACACUGGAGAGAGCGCUGUCGGACAGAGGGGCUCCAGCCGUAUGAUGCUUCCAGACCCCCAGAGGACUGGCGCCUGUUUUACUUUCUAUCCAAGUUUAGACGUAACCUGCUCAAGAAUCCCAGAGCUGAAGAUGGACUUCAAGGAUGGGAGAUUGUACAGAAUGGAGCUGACCGCUGGGUGACGGAAAGGAACAGUAAACCGUUUCCAGACAACACAGUCACCAGAUGUUUUGUGACAUCUCAUGGUCUAUGUUUGAAGGAGCAGCUGAUUGAUUUGAAGAAAGAAGGCUACAGUGAUGCUUUCAUGGAUCAACUGCGACCUCGUAUCAAAAUAUCAGACUGGUAUAUCCCACCCUCUGGUUAUAGAAGUCAUUAUACGUUGUAUGUACAGUUCCUUGAUCAGGAGAAGAAUCCCAUCAGAACCUGUCAUCCUUAUAAUUAUUUCCGUCAACAGGGGAGCGAUUAUCCAUGGUGUCAAAUUACCUACGUUUUUAGGGAUUAUGGACCUGGGGUUCAGUUUAUCCGUUUCACUCAUGGAGGCAUGGGAUGGUCUGGAAUACGGGUUACUAAUAGUAGUGUGGAAAUCUGUCCAGCUGCAGAGAGAACACCUCAGUCGUUUAGAAAUCAUUCUUGCAUCUACUCCGGCGGUGAAACAAUGGCGGACUGAUGACAGCUCACUCAGGGCAGGUCUAAGGUAAGACGCCAGUCCAGUUUGUGCUGAAACCCUACUGUCAAUCAAACUAUCGUGGGAGGGGCCUGUUUUUGUGAUGCGGUGUGAGAGAGAGGAGGGGCACACGGCCGUCGGGCCAGGAUGCCGGGCCGUCUAUCCCCUUCAAGCGCUGCGGCCAGCGAGAAGGAUGCAGCCACUGGAAAAAGCCGCCACCCCUCGCGCCCCGGACCGAAGAGGGGAGCGCGUGCGGCCGCUGGACUCCGCCCCUUACCUGGACCCUUUCCUCCUGAACACUGCCCCACCUACAUGAACCCCGCAGUACGACGCAGACACCAGAUUCCCUGUUUAUUUUGGACACACCUCCCCUUUUGGACACUUUUUUUUCCCCGUUUUUGGUUUAUUUUCUGUUAAUAAAAGCCUCUCUGAGGCCUGACGCCACCCACACUGUGUCUGUCGUUUUGCUCCUCCCGCCACAGGUGGUUGUGUACACACACUGCCAACACACAUUUAAUUUCAAACAGCUUGUAAAAGUGUAUGUAGCAUCAUAUGACCCCUUUAAGGACACAGACAGCAGCUUUAAGACCUAAUGAAUAAAUCCAAUAUACUGACACACAUGUGAUUUUCUCCCAACUGCUUACGUACGUUCACUUAAGACAUAACUGAUUGUGUUUAUGUGAAUAUUGGGCAAGACAGGCAUUACGAUAAUUAUUGUGUGAAUUUGACUGUUUAAGCACAAUGAAGGCGAUGCACCUUUAUGAAAAUAAAAAUAUGUAAAUACACAUCUACAUUAAUACUCCUGCAAAUUAUACUUUACAAACAAAGAUUGUACAAUAAGUGUCACUAUAAUGACAUUUUGUGUCAGGUAAUGGCUCUUUUCUGAUGUUGUCAUUAGAUGGACUUCAAGGGUGGAAGAUUGUACGUAGUGGAGGUGACUGCUGGGUGAUAGGAGAAAAUUGGAAACCAAUUCCAGACUCCUUUACCAGAUGUUUUGUAACAUCUUAUGGUCUAUGUUUGAAGCAACAGCUGACUGACUUAAACAAAGAAGGCUACAGUGAGACUUUCAUGGAUCAAGUGCAACCUCAUAUCAAAAUAUCAGACUGGUGAAUAAUGAGAGAAGUGAAUGCAGGUCUAUGCAGAAACCACACGAUAAAGAUGGCUCAGAAAACAACAAGAUGCUGUGUAGUGCCAAGUUGUCUUUGCAUUGCCUUCCUUCUGAUCCAAACGUUUGGAAAGAGUGGAUGAACUUUAUUUUUAAUGAAGUUCCAGAUCACAUCAGUAAAGACUUGGUCCUUUGUUCACUUUAUUUUACCACAGAUUUGUUUACUAACAAAGCACAAUUUGAUGCUGGAUCUUAAGAAAGAUUGAACCUAAAAGACAAUGAUGUGUUGACUAUACUGGGUCCAAAAAUAAUGUUGCACCUCACGAGCAUGAGUAACUAUUUUUAUUACGUGCUCUCUUUUGCUUUGUCUGUUAUUAAAGAUCGUUUGAUAUGUACUGAAUAUUUAUGCAUUUUUAGCUUAUAUUACAGCAGCCUCCAUCUAUGAAGGAUGUAGGCUGUCCAACAUACACAACGAGCCUACAAUACGCCACACCUAUUGAAACAGAGCAUUUAGUUGAGGGAUUCAAAACAGGACAGGAAAUAACCUAUUACUUCUAAAUUUAUGAUGUUUUUAAUGUAAAAAUUCUUGAUAACAUUAUAAGUGGACCUCAGAGAACAGUACAACAUAAUAAAAAAGGCAGUUCAUGACCACUUUAAUGUGCCUCUUGAGGCCGAGAUUUAUCUUUAAUUUUAAAGAAAUUUACACUUUACAAACAAAUUAAGCCACUAUUUAAUUUUGGUUUACCCUGACCAGAGCUCAUUUUAAUGAAUUUCUAAACAUUGUGAAGUGUGAUGUGAUCUGAGAAACACAUUUAUGAAUGAAAUGUUUUGAUGAAAUUAUACAAUUAUUCAGAAAAUACAUUAACAUUCAUCUUUCCUCAUACCAUAUUUCAGAUCUUCAAAUGACAGUGAGAGAUAUCAUACACUUUAUCAAAAACUUCUCAAAAUGGGUAAUGAGACUAUUUGUCUAGUUGUUGGUACCAUUAGUACACUUCCCAUAACACAGUUGUCCAAAACAGUUAAUCUAAUCACCUAACAUGCAAAAGUUCACUUCAUGGAAGAACAAAGUGGCAUUGAUGAAUAUGAAAUUUGGGGUUUGAAAAAACAGAGCAAAUAGAAAGAGGAAGUUCAAUCUGUAUUAUCAUAGCUUUAUAAAUAAAGCAUAUAGCCUUCAUUCAAGCCACAGGAAGACAAAUGUUUUGCUAAAAGAACAAUACACAAUCUUCCAGCCUAGGGUGAAGUUAUGUACAUAAACAAUUUUAAUGAAAAACUAUGUGCGUGGCGCAGCAGGAUUUUGAACGGCCUCCAGAGUCAUAUAUAUCUGCCAUCAAGAUGCUUCACCUCAGAAAUAUUUCAGUUUUCCAGAAGCAGAUAAGGGUGCUGCCAAAUUAAGAGUUGUUAUCACUGGUUAGAAGAGCAAUAUCUGACAUUUAAAGGGUUAGUUCACCCAAAAAUGUAAAUUCUGUCAUU